CCGCCGGCCCGUGGGGGGCGGAGCCGCCACCCGCCGCGAAGAUGGCCGAGAGCGUCAUCCUCAUAAGCGACUCGGACGCUGAAGGCAGCCGAUCGCCGCCGCCCGGGCCCCGGCGCGGCUGCCCGCCGCUUCCCGCGAGCAGCCAAGCUCUGCCCCUUCCUGGGCACGUUUAGAUGCUGAGAGGUGCCACGUCCUGCCUGCGGUGGUGCAGACACGGCUGCCUUCCCUGCCCGCUCCUGCUGCCCCUCAGGCGCGGCCUGGGAGCUCCAGGUGCUGCAGCACCCAGCGAGUCCUGGAUGGGAGUCCCCAAAGUCCCGGGGCUGCGGUAGCUCUGGCUUGGUGCCACAGAUGCGAAGGCAGCUCGGUUCCCCACCGCUGGUGUCUGUGUAGCAGUCCCCACAGGAGAUCAUCGACCUGACCUGCGAGGACAUGAGCACAGAGCCGGCACCGUGGAGCAGCCUCACCGUCAUCGACCUGACAGAGGACACAUGCAGCGCCCCUGCCAGCCCUCCCCACACCACCAGCUGGGCUGACCAGGGCCCCGGGCAGCCGCCUGCUGCUCUGGCAGCAGACACGUCCCAUCCGCAGCUCUGCUCCACCACAACACAAGAAACAGGGGCAACAGCAGGGCUGAGCCUCGCAGCAUCCUGGCACAGUGCUCCCAUGGAGCGCAGUGCCACCAUGGACACAGCAGAAACCACAGAGAACUGGAGCUGCUUCUCUCCCACCUCCAGCCGCUGCAGCUCCUCCAGCCCAGAGCAGAACUGCAGCACGACCACUUUCAACAGUGACUUGGGCUCCUUGGCCAGCAUGCAGCUGGACUCAGACCUGCUGUCCCCGUCCCCCUCCACCCCAGGCAGUGGCAGCAGCUGGAGACCUGGUGGCCCAGAGGAGGAGACUCCUCACCUCUGCCAGCAAAGGGAGCUCCCCCCAAGGCUGAGCCCUGUCCCAGCCGUCCCCACAAGCCCAGGGGAGGUCCAAGGGCCAUUGCUGGCAGCGAGUGACUUAUCACCCUAUGGAACAAUCCAGCAAGUGACCGCAGCCAGGACCAAGGCUGACAGCAAGGCCUGGCUGAACAAACUGCAGUAUUUCAGGAGAAGUGGAAUCCAGCACCUCUUCCUCCAUGGCAUAGCACCCAACUGGGAAACACAGCAGCAGAAACCUGAGCUUAUUCCCAGUGGGAAGCUGAGCAUGGUGCGCACCACCAUGGAGGAGAACUUCCUGGAGGGCACCUUGCAUUUCCUGAGCGAGUUCGUCUCCUGCCAGCACCGCCCCCCAAAAGAAAUAAUCUCCCACUUGAUCAGAGAUAUCCUCCUGAACGCCCAGCACAGGGAGAUCCUGAAGGACACCUACAUGCUGCUGAUGAAGAUCCAAAUGCUCCAUCCAGCUAACGCCACCACAGUGGGAUGGGACUGGGCGCUGCUGAAAUACAUCAUGGAGGACCAGGAGAAGUCCCCUGGCCGGCUCCUCUUCCUGCAGUACGUGGUACAGACCCUGGAGGACGACUUUCAGCACAACCUGAGGUUGCGCCUGCUGCAGAAGUCAAUUGCCAAAAAAGUACUUUCAUGUGACACGUGCUUCAACAAUGUCAAGGAGGUGGUUGGAUGGUUGGUUGCAGCAGUUACAGGAAUUGGGUUUGCCCAGCCCCAGGAGCAGCCACAAGAGACUGCAUCCUCUUCCAAAGAAGCAAUGGCCGAACACAGCUCAUCCACAGCACAGCCGGCCAGCACCGACCAAGCAAAGGUGGCUCCACCAGCUUUCUUUGCCCAGAAGGUGAUGCUCCUGCUCCAACGGAUGUUGUCCAUCGCAGUGGAAGUUGACAAAUCUCCCAACUGCAGCUCCUGUAAGAUCGCAGAUGUGAUAUUCCCAUUUAUACUGAAUAUUCCCCUGAGAAGCCAAAGGGAAGCUUUCUUAAACACGAUGGAGAGCCAGCUCCUGCGCUGCAAACUGCUAGAGCUGUGGUUCCAGCAUAGCUGCGACGUGCCCACAACCUUGCCUUUGUCUCUGGCCAAGAUCCUGUAUUUCCUGAGUCACUCUUCUGUGCUGCUGCAUUACCAGGAGGAAACAGCAACAUGGCAAAGAUGGGAUGAGAUGCUGCAGUACUUAAGCUUACUGCUGCUGAGCUACCAAAAUGUAACACUGGAGCACUUACGGACCUCCCUCAAUGACCGGAUGGACUUGAUCAUUCAGAAAGUCAAGCCCAGGCUCCAGGACAGCGAUAACAUCAGCCACCUGGACGUUCAACUGAAAAUAGAGGACUUCAUCAGCCGAAUGCAUCAGGUCCUGGGGCGGCCUUUUCCCCUGCAGAUCAUGGAGAAGUUGUGCCUGCUUCGGGAGCUGUUCCUUAUUGUCACUACUACCUGAUGGGGACAACCACUGCAGCAGGGGGUACAAAGAACUUCACAUUUCCUCUAUAAAACCCCCACCUUAUGCUGCAGUCACUUCUUUGGAAAAAUAUCUGGUUUACAUGGUCUCAGAAUCUCCUUUCAAACUCGCCUCAUCCUACAGUUUUACAAGGCACUUUGUACACCUAAAAAAAUAAAUUAUUUUCAUAUUU